AGUAGCUACACGUGCCCCGCUGACAUUACAGUCAGCAUCAAGUGGUUUUCACAUUUCGAAUCGGGAUUUGUUUAGUAUCCUACGGGAUUCUGAUCUGACAAGUGAGAGGAGUAUCGAUAGAUUCCGUGCAGAGGGUUCGGAUUGCCGCCAAAUUCUGACCGAAAAAUGUUCAUAUAUGCAGUAAUACUUUUGACGAUCUUACCAUGGACGAAGCAGGCUUCAAAUAUAAUCGAGGACGACUUCAGGUAUUACAAUGUGGGUGUAUUAAUGGCCUCGAACCUAAAUUACCCGUUUGAUUUGGAGAGGUGCGGUCCAGCGGUGGAUAUGGCCCUGGAAGAGAUCAACGAAAAAUUCUUGUCUCAGCAUAAAAUCAAACUAUUGAAAGUGCAAAAGAGUUACACCUCGUGUAGUGGUGUUCUGGCGCCAGGAUUAGCUGCCGAUAUGCACUUCAUAUCAGAUGUGAUCGCUUUUAUCGGUCCGGCUUGUCUGUUUGCGUUGGAACCGGUGGCCAGACUGGCAGCUUAUUGGAAUACACCCAUUAUUACUGGCAUGGGAGACCAGCCUCCGAGCGAAGCUGAACUCUUAGUAACUUCCAGGAUUCUCGGUCGAUAUAAUCCAAGCAAUAAAAGUGAAAGUGCGGGCAUUUUAAAGGACAAAAGCAAAUAUCCCACACUAACGAGGAUGUCUUAUUGCCAAUGCAGAUUGAAAAAAGUGUUCGCCAGCAUUUUAAAACAGUUCCGUUGGAAACACAUCGCGCUUAUUCUGGAUAGAUCGGACUUGUUUUCUCUUACUGUAGGAAAAAAUUUGGAACACGGAUUGAAAAAAGAAGGUUUACUGUCGUUUGUGCGAGAAUUGGACGGGAACGAGAACGAUUCUAUCGAUAAUUAUUUAAGAGAUGCUAGUAUGUAUGCCAGAGUUGUUAUUUUGAGCGUGAGAGGCACCCUUGUGAGAAAAUUCAUGCUUGCUGCCCACAAGUUGGGAAUGACGAAAGGCGAUUGGAUUUUCUUAGAUGUUGAAAUUUUCCAGGGAUCUUACUGGGGAGACCACGAUUGGAAAGCAGGUGACAUCGACGAUUAUAAAGCAAGAAAAGCCUACGAAGCUCUGCUGAGAGUGUCAUUGUUACAACCAACCAGCGAUAAAUUUCAAGAAUUCGCCGAUAAAGUUAAGGAACGAUCUUUACGAGAUUACAAUUUUACCAUAAGUGAAGGAGAAGAGGUGAACUUUGUCAUUGGUGCAUUUUACGAUGGCGUCUACCUUUUAGGGAUGGCCUUAAACGAAACGUUAUGGGAGGGCGGUGACAUUAGGGAUGGUAAUGACAUAACUGACAGGAUGUGGAAUCGCACCUUCUUAGGAAUCACUGGACACGUUCGCAUAGACGACAAUGGGGACAGAGAUGCCGAUUACUCAAUUCUGGAUUUAGAUCCUAUAACAGGAAAAUUUGAGGUGGUCGGUCAAUAUAAUGGUCUCCAUAAGAGGUACGCGCCUGUACGUGGGAAAAGAAUUCAUUGGCCAGGGGGUAGGGAAGGUCCUCCCCCGGAUAUUCCCAAGUGUGGCUAUCUGGAUGAUAAUCCAGAGUGUCGCGAUAAAGAGGCCUAUAUGGUGGUAAUAUAUGGAGCUUUUGCUCUGGGAGUAUUCCUAGCAUUAACAUCUACUUUAAUUUGUGUUACUUAUAAGCAUAUGAAAAUAUCCGCUGAUUUAAAUAAUAUGUCGUGGAGAAUUCGUCCCGAGGAUGUCAUAUUGGAGCCUGGAAGGACGUUCGGCUCUAAGCUGGCUUUACAAAAGUUGUCAGAGACUUAUGGAUUGACAAGCUGCAGAGGCUCGAUCACAUCAAAUUCCUCGCUACCAUCCGCAAAAAUCUACACGACUGUGGGAAUCUAUAAAGGAACUAGGGUGGCCAUUAAGAGAAUUACAAAAAAGAAAAUUGAUAUUACCAAAAAACUCUUAUGGGAAAUAAAACAAGUGAGAGAUGUGACUCAUGAAAAUACGGUGCGAUUUCUGGGAGCUUGUAUCGAGUGUCCCACCAUUUUGAUUUUAACAGAAUAUUGCUCCAGAGGGAGCUUAAGAGACGUUUUGGAAAAUGAAGAUAUCCAUUUGGAUUGGAAUUUUAGGAUGUCACUCAUUUACGAUAUUGUAAAGGGUAUGAAUUACUUGCAUGGUUGCGACAUAUCAUUUCACGGAAAACUUCGUUCCUGUAAUUGUUUGAUCGACGGCAGAUUUGUAUUGAAAAUUUCCGAUUUUGGACUGACCUCCUUAAGUACUCCCGCCGACCUUAUCAAGGAUGCCAAUUAUUAUAAUAAAAUGUUAUGGGUAGCCCCGGAGCUUUUGCCUUUAACGUUAAUACCUGGAAAUCCGGCUACGCAAAAGGGAGACGUGUACAGUUUCGCGAUUAUCCUGGAAGAAAUUAUUGUUAGGGGAGGACCGUACGAUGCGGCCAGGAGAUAUUUGGAAGUCGAAGAAAUCAUAACAAGAGUGGCCAGCAGAGAAAACCCACCGUUUAGACCGGCGGUGAGCCAAGGAGAUUGUCCGGAGGAACUUUUGGAACUUAUGGAACGAUGUUGGAAUGAUAAUCCCGAAGACAGGCCGACCUUCGAUUCGAUUAGGCUUAAUUUAAAAAAUAUCAUGAGGGGCUACUGUGAAAACCUGAUGGACGAUUUGCUAAGGAGAAUGGAACAAUACGCCAACAAUUUGGAAGUUUUGGUCAGCGAAAAGACCGAAGAGCUCAGUCAAGAAAAAAGGCGCUCCGAAGAACUUCUUUAUCAGGUAUUACCUAGACCGGUGGCCCAACAGCUGAUGUUGGGUGAAAUGGUCCAACCAGAACAGUUUGAAUGUGUCACCAUUUAUUUUAGUGAUAUUGUAGGGUUUACGGGGCUUUGCGCUAACAGUACUCCAAUGCAGGUAGUAGACUUUUUAAAUGAUCUUUACAGUACUUUUGAUAGGAUCAUUGGAUUUUAUGAUGUUUAUAAGGUUGAAACUAUAGGAGAUGCGUAUAUGGUGGUAUCAGGGUUACCGGAGAGAAACGGUGAUAAUCAUGCAAGAGAAAUAGGGUUGAUGGCUCUGGCAGUUUUGGAUGCUGUGAAGAGUUUUACUAUUGCGCAUCAGCCCGACAGGGUUUUGCAACUCAGAAUAGGUAUUCAUUCCGGCCCUGUAUGCGCGGGCGUAGUAGGCCAAAAAAUGCCGCACUACUGCCUAUUCGGCGACGCCGUUAAUACCGCCAGCAGGAUGGAGAGCACCGGUCAACCCUUAAAGAGUCACGUAAGCGAAGCGGCGAAACAAAUCCUGGACAAAUUCGGUACUUUUAACUUGGAACUGCGCGGUGAAGUGGAAUUAAAAGGAAAAGGUUUUGUGACCACUUAUUGGCUGUUGGGUUGCUCCGAUGCUGACCCCAGGCCUCCCAGCACCCCCAGGGUGCCCAGCACCAUGGAAUUAGAUGCCAGCAGUAAUCCGUAUCCUUUAGUUUUUAUGGGUUAAAAUAUAUUUAGUGUUAUCAUAUAGUAAAUAUUUGUGCAGUGGAAGAAUAGCAUAAUUUUUUCAGUUUUUUUUUAAUUAUCUGUGAUGAACGUGCAUAUGAAGAUGUUAACAUUGCUUAUCGGCAUAUUUGUUUAACUUAAUAAAUGUGUAUUUAUGUUUAUUUAGUCUUGUGUAAGAAAAAUUAUUAAAAAAAAGACAAUA